UUAUUUUUCGAUUUCUUACCAGAAGAAAACACUUUUACCAGCAAAAAAUACCUUUGUUAAUAGUUUUUAUUUAUUUGUUUAAUUUUGAAGUAAAUACAAUUUUUUUAUUAAUAAUACAGUUUUAUCUAUAAAAAUAUAAUCCAAUGUCGCGAGCGAAAGCGAAUAUUGGAGAAAGUUCGAUUAAAUGUAUAUUUUAUAGUGAGUUUCAUCACACCACUGGACCUAAAAUCACAUUUCAGGUUCCUGUUGACUAUGUUUCCAAAGAAUUAUUUGAUUCCUAUGUGUGCUAUAUUAUACCCAAAGAAGAACUUCAAAGAAAACUUAUUACAGUGAAUGCUCGAAAAGGAAAAAUCAUAGGAUAUCCAAUACAUAUUGAAAAUGCCAAAUAUCCUAGGAAUAGGUUGAUCUUUAACCUUUGUUUUGUUUGUGAUGCAUCAAAACGUACUAUGCAAUAUGAGCCAAUAGUACGGAAAUUAGCAAAUUAUUUAGUCAAGCUAGAACUAGAAGAUGAAUUUUUAUUUCAAGAACAUACAAAAGCUCAAUUACCUUCCAUUAUGGUUAAAAUCAGAGAAGAGCUUAACAGAACAGGAAAGUGUUCUAUUCCUAUUAAUGCUUCAAAUACAAUAUUUCUGAACGUAAUCAGAGUGUAUCCAAUGCCUCCUCAAGUAAUGGAUCAAGAUGUUCCUAUAUUUACCGAACGGAAAUUUCCAGUUCCACCAUCAGAUUGGGAUAUAACCAUGCAACAGUGGGAUUUGACUGUAAUGCUGAUUUUGCCAUACAUAGAUGGUUUUAGGCAUGUAGCUAAAAUUGCUGUAGAAGCUGGUGUUGAAAUUCAUCUUGUGAAAGCAUUUAUACAGAAUAUGGUUUACUAUGGUGUAGUUACCUUAAUCCCAAUAUUUAUGUAUUCCAAUGUGUAUAUCCCUACACCAAAAUUGAAUGAAUUGGCUGAUAAUUGUAAACUGCAAGAAGAGUGUGUUCAGUAUGUUGCUCGUCAAGGUUGCCAUAAACCUUUUUUUAGAUCUAUAUUCAUGUUAUACUGUCAGCUAACACCACAAACAAAUGUUAAAACUCUUUGCUUACGUAAUAAUCCUCGUGCUUCAGGAAUUGAUGAAAGGAAACUUAUACAGUUUGGACUGAUGAAAGGUAUUAUUAGACAGCUUCAGAAAUAUCCAAUCCAAAUUUCUUCAGAUUCUCAUGUAAAGCAUAGAUCUUUGUUAAAAUAUUUCAAUGGCCAUUAUAGCUUUGAAGAAAUAUGUUGUAAAACAGGAUUAAGCUAUCAGGAUCUAGAUGAACGAGUUGAAAAAGAUCAGCAUGUUGUUAUAUGCUGGAAGUAAUAAUAUAUAUUUUGAACUUAUAGAGUAAGACCUGAAGCAAUGGAGAGAUAUAUAAUGUUGCUGCAGUUUGUAUUAUAUACUAGUAUUUUAUUAGAUUUGGCAUUUGAUAUUUAAAUAAAAUGUAAAUGAAAAAUUUAAAUCAAAUUCAAUUUUCUUAAAAAAAGAUAAAUAAUGAUAUUUGUUUAUUUCAGUAUGAAUGGAAAAAUGUUAUUUGAUUGUCUUUUUGUAAGCAUGUUAUUUUUUUAAAAUACAUAAUGUUUAACUAAGAAUUAAAUGUUAACUUUUUAAAUAUAUUACUGUUGAAUUUUUUUCAAAUAUUUAUUACAACUUGAUUAAUGUACAAAUAUGAAUAGAUAUUUAUUUUUGUGUCUGAUUGUUUAAAGUUUUGUUUUUGAAAGUGGAAUUCCUAAAAGAAAUGUUUUUCGACAUCUUUUCAGAAAUUUUUCAUGUA